AUGGCGUCUUCUUCUUCUUCCCCUACUCCUUCAGUAAUAAAGAAGUACGAUGUUUUCAUUAAUUUCAGAGGGAAGGACACUCGCUAUUGUUUUGCCAGCACUCUACAUGGACUUUUGCUUGAGAAAAAUAUCAUUGUUUUCUUUGAUGACGAGCUUGAGAAAGGAGAUGAAAUUUCGUCAUCUCUUAUGAAUGCAAUUGAAGAAUCAGAAAUUUCAGUCGUCAUUUUCUCAGAAAGGUAUGCCUCUUCUAGAUGGUGCCUUGAAGAACUUGUGAAGAUCAUUGAAUGCAAACAAAUGCACCAACAGAUGGUACGACCAAUUUUCUAUCAUGUAGAUCCAUCAAGUGUAAGUAAUCAGACUGGAACUUUUGGGGAAGAAUUUGCCAAGCUUGUCAAAAGUUUUAAUAAGGAGAAGUUAGAAAAGCUACAAAUGACGGAAGAACAAUUUAAAGACAAGAUUCAGACAUGGAAGAAUGCUUUGACAACAGCAGCCAACCUAGCUGGCUACACCGCAACUAACAGAACGGCUACAUUUGACAUUGCAAUGAGAGUUGUUCAGGAAGUUUUGAGGAAAUUAGAUGAUUUGCAUUCAGAUGCUGAUAAUAAGAACUUGGUUGGAAUCCAAGGUAUUUGUGAUUGCAUAGUUCAUUAUUUAUGCGAUCAAGUUUAUGGUCGUGAUUUUCAAGUUAAAGUUAAUUUUCUCGUCAUAGGAAUUUGGGGAAUGGGUGGUAUAGGAAAAACAACUAUUGCAAAAGUUGUAUACACUAGAAUAAAAAGUCAAUUUGAAGCUUCUUAUUUUGUUGAUAAUGUUAGAGAAAGAUCAAGUGGUAAUACUAAAUUAGCUCCUUUGAAACAAGAAAUGUUUUCUCCAAUAUUAGGAGAUAGGCCUUCAAAAAUAGAUUCCACCUUUAUAAAACGAAGGUUUGGCUCAAAAAAAGUCCUCAUUGUUUUCGAUGAUGUGACACAUUUUAAGCAAAUAGAGUCUUUUAUUGAAGAUCCUAAAUGUUUUGGCAAGGGAAGUCGAAUUAUCAUUACAACAAGGGAUAAGCAAGUGCUUACAAAUUGUGAAUUGCCUGAUGAUUAUAUAUUUAGGAUAGAGGGAUUAUCUGAAGAUGAUGCUCAUCAGCUUUUUAAUAGGUAUGCUUUCCACCAAAAUCAUCCUUUAAGAGAUUAUGAUGACUUAUCACAAGAGGUAAUAAGGUAUGCUAAAGGCGUUCCAUUAGUUCUUGAAGUGUUGGGUUCCCUUUUAUAUGGCAAGGCAAGAGAUGUUUGGAAAAGUACAAUAGAGAAAUUACAAAUAAUUCCGAAUGAGGACAUUCAAAAGGUGCUAAAAAUAAGUUACGAUGAACUUGAAGAUUUGGACAAGAGCAUAUUUCUAGAUAUUGCAUGUUUUCUAAAAUGGGAGGAUAGAGAGUUUGCAACAACGUUCUUAGAUGCUUGCGGCUUCUUUGCAAAACGUGGAAUAGAUAUUCUCAUUGACAAAUGUCUAGUAACCGUAUCAUGCGAUAACAAAAUAACAACGCAUGAUUUGCUUCAAGAAAUGGGUUGGGAAAUUGUGCGGCAACAAUCUACAGAAGAUCCUGGUGCACGUAGUCGUCUAUGGUAUCAUAAAGAUAUAUAUAAAGUAUUGCAAGGACAAACAUGGACUAAAGCGAUACAAGGCAUAUGUUUGGAUAUGUCUCAAUUAGAGGGACAAAUCAUACACUUCCAACCUCGUGCAUUGGAAGUGAUGCAUAAUUUGAGAUUAUUUAAACUACAUAACUCAAACUAUGAAAAGAAUAACAGUAGUGGGGUACAUGUUUCUGAAGGCCUUAAUUCUGUUUCUAUAGAGCUAAGGUACCUCUGUUGGCAUGGAUGCUCGUUGAAAUCAUUGUUGUCAAAUUUCUUGCCGGAGAACCUUGUGGCACUUGAUAUGCCUUAUAGCAAUAUUGAACAACUUUGGCCUGGUGCUAAGCUUCAUAAAUUGAAAUUUAUCGACCUCAGUCAUUCGACGCUUCUAAAAGUUCAUGAUCUUUCAUUGGCCCCAAAUCUUCAAAGUUUAAUUUUAGAAGGUUGUUCAAGUUUGCAUGAGAUUUCCUCUUCUAUUCAAAGUCUUGAUAAACUUGUUAUCUUAAAUCUAAGGCACUGCAAAAGUCUUCAUUGUUUUCCAACUAGCAUUGAAUUAGGAUCUCUUGAAAAAAUCAGCCUCUCUUAUUGCUCAAAUCUAAAGAUGCUUCCUAAGAUCUCGAGUAAUGCAAUAGAGUUACUUUUAGAUGAAACUGCAAUAGAGGAUUUGCCGCUAAGGAUAGAAGAGCCUUCCAAACUAGUUAUAUUGAAUCUCAAAAAUUGUUCAAUGCUUAAGAGUCUUCCAAGCAAUAUUUGUAAGUUGAAAUCUCUUGAACAUCUGAAUCUCUCAAGAUGUUCAAAACUAGAUGGAUUUGUUGACAACUUACUAUAUUUAGAAGCUCUGAAAGAAUUAAAUCUGACCAACUGUUGUAUCGAGGAGUUACCUAACAAUAUUGGUCAGCUAUCCUCACUAAGGAGCUUACUUCUAGGCACAAACAAUUUUGAGAGCAUUCCAGCAAGCAUCACAAACCUUUCCAUGUUAUCUUCUCUUGACGUAAGCUAUUGCGCGAAGCUUCGAUCAUUACCAGAACUUCCAUGUCAAUUAGAAAGUAUGGAUGCACACAAUUGCGUGUCACUGGAAGCAUCACCAAGUUUGCCAAUUCUAUUAUCCAGAAAUUCUCCCCAAAGCCUAAGAGUGAACUUCAUCAAUUGUUUCAGACUGGUGGAUCGAAAUGCGUUCGAAAAAAUUGUGGAAGAUGCUCUAAAGAAAAUCGAGAGUUUUGGAAAAUCAAACGAGGUUUCUACUCCAGGUAGGGCUUUUAUCUUUUUCCCAGGAAACGAAAUUCCAAGAUGGUUCCGCUUUGAAACAACAGGAUCAGCUAUAACUUUCACGGUGCGAGGGGAUUUGACCGGAACUGUAUUCAUUUAUGGUCUUACUGUCUGCGCCGUUGUAGAGUUUCAAAACUAUCAUGAUAAUGAGGGGCAGGGUUUGUUAGUGGGCUUUGACUGCAUUUUAGCAGAUGAUGAAGAUCGUACGAAAUCAUUCCAAGGCACUUUAGGUGGUUGGGAUUUUGGUAGUGGACCUGACUAUGUUGACACAGAUCACGGAAUGUUGUUGCCGGGUGAAAAAGUGUGGAGUGGGAAGUUUAAGCGAAUUCCCAGCAAAUACAGAUGCAGGAGAGUUACAGACGUAUAUGAAUCAAAUAUGCCAGUAGAGCAAAAUUAUGUCAAGAAGAUACUGGUUUUCUUUGCUUUAAUUGCUCUGUGA